AUGAGAUUCUUCUCCGCCGCCGCUUUCGUCGCCGCGCUCGUCGCCUCCGGCUCUGCCUGCCUCGGAGGAUCUGGAGGUGGUGGCUGCUGCCCUCCAGCUCAGCCGUCCUGCGGAAACCCAUGGUAAUAAGUACUCUUUCGCUUGCAAACUUUCCAAUAUUCAAUGUUUCAGCGGAGGUGGAAUCGCUCCAGCCCCAAUCGGACCAGCUCCAGGAGGCUACGCCGUCGCCCCGGCCGCAUCGUACGCCGCUCCACCACCACCACCAGCCUACGCUUCCGCCGGAGCCUACCCAGUCGGAAAGUAA